AUGUCUGUGCAUUGUGGAUUUGUGAGAGGAGAUAGGCCUGGACGCAAGUCAGGAUAUGAUAUUGGUGAUUCAUAUCUUCUUUUAAUGGACAUGUGUCAUGGAGUCGUGGUUUCAUCUGCAAUAUUUGAAACAGAAAAGUUUUUGAGGAAUUCAGAUCAUUUGGAUAUAGCAAGAAGAUUGGAUUGUGGAGAGUUGUUGUUGUCUACAACCUCCCUUACACUGACCCAAGGCGCAAUGGGAAGGUUUUUGUGGAGGGAGAAUGCUAGUUUUGCGAUAUCUAGACAUUAUAAACGGUUUGAUGUGUUUCUAGAAGCUAAAGCUAAUAAGGCUGCUCGGAAGUACAAUAAUGCCUCCAUUGACUUUCAGACUGACUUUUAUAAACGGGAAGACUUAACAUGUGUUGUAAUACGUGAACACAUUCCAAUUUCUAAUCUUUUUACUUGUCUUUGGUUCAACGAAGUUGACCGGUUUACAUCUCGAGAUCAAAUUAGUUUUUCCACGGUUCAAGACAAGAUCCGGUCCAAUACUAAUUGGACCGUUAACAUGUUUUGGGACUGUGAAAGGCGAAACUUUGUAGUUCAGCACCCGCCACCACCAUCACUACCCACUAACACCACCCCCACCAAUCACCCACCAAAACCACUACCCGUCACCACCAUCAACACCUACCUCCACCACCCAUCACUACCACCCCCACCCACAUCAAUCACCCGCCACCACCACCCGCCACCACCACCAACCACCACCCUCCACCACCAACCACCACCACCACCACCUAUCACCACCCAUCACCACCAUCUGUCACCACCACCUCCACCCACCACCCACCAAAACCACCACCCGCCACAACCAGCACCCGCCACCUCCAUUACCACCACCCCUACCACCACCCGCCACCUCCACCCACCACCACCAACCACCACACCCACAUCCAUACAACACCACUCAUCACUACCGACCACCACCACUCAUCACCACCACCACCUCCACCCAUCACCCACAAAAACCACCACCCCUCACCACUAUUACCACCUACCUCCACCACCCAUCACCACCUUCCUCACCCACCUUAAUCACCCAUCACCACCAACCACCACCACCUACCACCAUUACCACCAUUCGUCACCAUCACUUCCACCCACCACCCACCAAAACUAG